CCAUUUUUCUCUUUAGUUAUUUUUGUUGGAUAAUUGCAUUUUGAUCCCUUGGUUACAACAACAACAUACCCAGUGUAACCCCACAAUUAGAAUUUGGAAGGGGUAGGAUGUACGCACGUUUUAUUUUUACCAUUGUGGGGUAGAAAAACUGCUUCCGAUAGACUCUCAGCUCGAAUUUUUGUCCCUUGAUUAUUAGUGAAUUUUGAUUUGGUCCUUAUGAUAUCUAAUAAAACACAUUUUAUAUUUCCUUGAUCGAAAUAUAUAUAUAUAUUUAGUCCUUUUAUGUAGGGAGUAUGUUAUAUCUGGACUGUCUAUAGAACUGUAUUACCGUCAAACCUGAAGUAGCACUGCAAACUCAACAUAAUAUAUGAGUAAUUAAAUUGUGGAACCAUCGAUAAUUAUGGUGAAUUUGUAGUUAUUAAAAAAGCACGGGAAGAUGAUUAUAUGGCACUUUAUCACAAUUCAAUUAAAUUGAAAAGUGAUAUGUUUUUAUCAUCUUAUAAUUUGAGAGAUGGUUCUAUUGUUAGAGUUUCUGUUCUUGCUGAACCACCUCAUCAUAAUCAUCAUCAAUCUAAAUCUUCAUGUGAAACCAAGAAAAAUGCCAAAUUGCAACUUGAAACAAGCAGCAGCAACUCCAAUGGUGGAAGCGGCUGUGGCAGCAUUGUGUUUCAUAUGGCUAAGAUGUUAUCUCAAUUUUGCUCUUCCAUUUUUUCAAGCCAUUAAUUAUAAUUCAUUGAGGUACGUAUUUACAGGACGCCGCAUCUGCUUAGUAGGAUUUGCUCGUAUCAGCUCAUUGGUGAGCCCCAUCUCAUUCGGGGUUUAGUCGCUUAUCUUUAUUUUGCUAGUCAUGCAUUUAAAGGUAUGCUGGGGGACCUUGUCCAAGCAAGUACGUUUUCCAGUCAAGAUUCACGAUUAGAGGUUUCAUAGACUAGUCAGUUUAGUUAUGUUAGACAUGCAAGGUGUUUAGCCAUCUUUGACUCAACUCAUGUUAUUUCCGCAUUUAUGAUUUAAACAAGUAUUUCAUUAAAUUAUUAUGACGUAUCAUGUUUUAUAAAAGCUCAUCAAGUUCAUGCUA